CUCAUAAAUUGCUUCCAAAUUUGGUGAGAUGAACUGCAAUUAUCCAAAUUUGGAGGGGUCCAGCAAAUCUCACGCUGAUUAAUUAAAAAUCUCUCUCUAAUAAAGAAUUAAAACAAGAACAAGAACAUCAUUGGCAUCUCCGCAUCUCGUCAUCGGAUCUUUCUGUCCCUCUCUCUUUUCUUCAGAAGAAGCUGUCACUCUCAUAACGUCGACAAUUCAAUAUUGUGCUCCUGUUUUUGAUUUUUCUUUGAUUACAGUCUAAGAUACCAAUAGCGUGCGUUGUUUGCAAUCUAGCCCCAAGAUAUUUUCUACUUUCUAUAACGUUCUUUUCUUUUCUUUAUUAUAUAUGUUAUUAUAUGAUCUCUGAAUAGACCCCGUCUGGGUUUUCAGUUUCAGCUUCUUGUUCUUGUUCUUCUUCUUCAAUUUAGAGAAUGAGUGGUGUGCAACAAAGUUGUGAGCACAGGGAAGUGUCAGGUAAAACAAUUCACAAUGGAGAAUCUUCUUCAAAGGAAGGGAAAACGAGAAGAUUGUGGAACAAAGUGAAGUACCAGCUGGUAGAAUAUCAUUCUUUGCCUGGGUAUUUAAGGGAUAAUGAGUACAUUGUGGGUCAUUAUAGAUCAGAGUGGCCUUUGAAGCAGAUUUUGCUUAGUAUAUUCACCAUCCAUAAUGAGACAUUGAACGUUUGGACGCAUUUGAUUGGAUUCUUCAUUUUCCUUGCUCUUACUAUAUAUACUGCAAUGAAGGUUCCAAGGGUGGUUGAUCUUCAUUCUCUACAACAUUUUCCUGAGGUGUUGAAAAAUACAGAUCUGCACAAAUUGCGCACAGAACUCUCAACAUGCCUUCCUUCUUUACCAAAUAUGCCCAAUCUGCAUAAACUUAGGGAAGAGUUAAAGACUACAUUGCCUUCAAUGGAUUUACUUCCAUCACUUUUGAGUUGGCAUGUCAUGGAACAUUUAUAUAAUUGUUUGCCCGAGAGAUUCUCCCAUGGAAACAACACUGAAGUUUGUGUUCUGCAGCGCACCGUGAAGGAGGAUGUAGCGAACAUAAUAGCACCUUUGAUGGUCAGACCGAUAACAAGGUGGCCAUUUUUUGCUUUCAUGGGUGGGGCCAUGUUUUGCUUGCUGUCAAGCAGCACGUGCCACCUUCUCUCAUGCCACUCCGAGCGAUUAUCAUACAUUAUGCUCAGGCUUGAUUAUGCAGGAAUAGCAGCUCUUAUAUCUACCUCCUUCUACCCUCCUGUCUACUAUUCUUUUAUGUGUAAUCCCUUCUUUUGCAACCUCUACAUGGGAUUUAUAACAGUUCUGGGAAUUGCUACAGUCUUGUUUUCUCUCCUACCAGUAUUUCAGAAUCCUGAAUUCCGUACCAUUCGUGCAUCACUCUUCUUCGGCAUGGGCUUAUCCGGGGUGGCACCAAUUCUGCACAAGGUUAUCAUGUUCUGGCACCAGCCUGAGGCUCUCCACACAACUGGGUAUGAGAUUCUAAUGGGGGUAUUAUAUGGGAUUGGAGCACUGGUUUAUGCCACAAGGAUUCCAGAACGAUGGAUGCCUGGGAAAUUUGACAUUGCUGGGCAUAGCCAUCAGCUCUUUCACAUAUUGGUUGUGGCCGGGGCAUACACUCAUUAUCGUGCAGGCCUGGUUUACUUGAAGUGGCGGGACAUGGGAGGAUGUUGAAGAAGUGCAGUUAGAAUAAUUGAUCAGUAGCUGAAUUGGGAACUAGGGAGUAAAAAUAUAUCUUGCAAUAACUUGUUAGUGGAUGGAUCCCCAUUGUCACUGUAAUUACAGUACUUGAUGACUUGAUCAAGUAAAUUUAAUUGUAUAUCAUAGUUGAGCCAGAAUUGUCAGAGGAUCACAUGAUGGGGGCCCAAAUGUUGUCUGAGGCUCUGAGCCGUCGCUUUGUCUGUGGGUGCCUACAAGGACCCUUCCUGCAAUUAAAUUGACUCAACAUGGAUGCCUGCCUCUGAUUAGACUUUUUUAAAUAAAUAAAUCGCACCCAUUUUAUAUCGAAA